AGCCACCACACUAUAAAUCCAUACCAUCAAAUGCAUCUCUCCCAGCGAAAAAAAUGACGUCCAAAGCUGUUGUGUUUACAUGUCUCUUGUUUGUCUCUGUUGUUGUUAUUGUGUCAGCAGUAUCUAAAGAAACUCACGACUACAAUGAAAUCACAAUCGAAGUUGAAAAUCUAAAUUGUCCCUAUGGAUGUUGCUUCAAGAAGUAUGAUAGAUGCACCCGAUGCUGUCCUCGUCRUAUAGCAGCCCAGGCGACAACCCAAAAUGUUGAAAAUAUAGAAUGUGCCCAUGGAUGUUGUAUCUGGUUUGAUGCUAGUUGCGUCGAAUGCUGUCGCGCUUCUACCAUAGCACAAGCCACAACCCAAAAUGAAGAAGAUGGUGAAGUAGAGGCGAACAGAUUUAUGAGUGGUGGAAAAGGAGGCGACAAAAGCGAGAUCUGAGGCAAAAGGCGAGAAAGGGUGGGCAAAGGAAAUGUUAUGGGUACCAUACCAAUCAAUAAUUAAGCAAAAUAAGGAGGAAAUCAAAUCAAAUAAAGCAUAAGGGAGAUGGUGGAAGUAGAAUAGAAGGGUUAGAUCCCUUACCAUGAUGCCGACUCUACUUUAAUAGUUGUUCUUUCAAUAUACAUAUAUGUAUGUGUAAAUAUAUACCUGUAUUGGCUAACUUUGUCUUUAAUUUAAGUGUUGGAGUACAUUUAAUGUGCA